AUGCUUCGGACGGGCGCUGCGCGUGCCGUCCUACGGACGCUGAAUACCUCGACCUUCCAGCCAGUCCGGUCAUCCUUCAAUGGAGCUGCAACCAAGGUGCAGUUCACCUCGAAGCUCUGCACAUCCAGCUACAAGCGCCCGCAGGCCCUGGCCAUUGCAGCCCGCAAGCCGGUGACUGCCUGUCUCGUGCGGCAGGCGACCACACAGACUCAGUGGGACAAGCCUGAUAAGAAACAUGAGAAAGAAGUUGGAAAGCAUGAGCUCGAGGCGACCCCGGACAUCGUUUCCUCGACUUCCUCGGUCCACCCAGUUUUCAGCGAGGUUGCGACCCCUGAGCCGGAACGGGAGGUUGACAUGAUGGCUGGCGUCAAGAGCGAUCUUAGAACCAUCAGAGACACCUUCUCCCUUGCCGACGUACCACGCCAGGCGUACAUCCUCGGCCUGGCUGGAACUCUUCCAUAUCUGGCAACCUCACUGUCGACAGUCUACUGUGCCUGGGAAAUCAACCAUGCCAGCGCGACUGGGACUGGACUGCUCAUGUCGCAACACAAUGCAGAAAUGCUGUUGCACCUCCUCGAGCCUCUGCAGAUUGGUUGGGGUGCUGUGAUCAUUUCAUUCCUGGGGGCGAUUCAUUGGGGCCUUGAAUGGGCUGGAUACGGCGGCUACCAGGGCUACCGACGCUACGCCAUUGGUGUCGUCGCACCAGCAAUCGCCUGGCCCACCGUUCUGCUACCUGCAGAAUACGCCCUCAUCGCUCAGUUCCUCGCCUUCAACUUCUUGUACUACGCGGACGCCCGCGCUACGGUCCGCGGGUGGACUCCGUCAUGGUACGGCACCUACCGCUUCGUCCUCACUUUCAUUGUCGGAGCCGCCAUCGUAAUCAGUCUCGUUGGCCGUGGACAGAUUGCAGACCGCGUCGGCAAGCUUCCCAGUCCUAUGGACCGGGUCAAGGCCUUCAAGAAUGAAGCGGAGAUGGCUCUGGCUGAGGAAGAGCAUUCCAGAGUGGCGAAGAAGGCUAGGAAGAACGAGGGGGUGGACGAGUAA